GACCUCUAUAUAUUCUCAAAAACCACAUUGGGCCGCCGCCGCUACGAUUCCCCUUUCCGCAGAGUAACGGAAUUCCACAACCAACACAGUUUGUGAAGAAGAUGGCCACGCAAAUAAGCAAGAAGCGAAAGUUUGUGGCGGAUGGGGUGUUUUACGCCGAGCUGAAUGAGUUGCUGAUGAGAGAGCUGGCGGAGGAUGGAUACUCCGGGGUGGAAGUGAGAGUCACUCCCAUGCGCACUGAGAUCAUUAUUAGGGCCACCCGCACGCAGAACGUACUUGGUGAGAAGGGGAGAAGAAUCAGAGAACUGACAUCUGUUGUUCAAAAGCGUUUCAAGUUCCAAGAAAAUACUGUUGAGCUUUAUGCUGAGAGAGUUAACAACAGGGGUUUGUGUGCAAUUGCACAGGCUGAAUCCUUGCGCUAUAAGCUUCUUGGAGGACUUGCUGUUCGAAGGGCAUGUUAUGGUGUUUUACGAUUUGUCAUGGAGAGCGGCGCCAAGGGGUGUGAGGUGAUUGUUAGCGGAAAGCUUAGGGCGCAGCGUGCCAAAUCAAUGAAAUUCAAGGAUGGAUACAUGAUAUCUUCUGGUCAGCCUGUCAAAGAAUACAUCGACUCUGCUGUGAGGCAUGUUCUCCUUAGGCAGGGUGUUCUUGGCAUCAAGGUUAAGAUCAUGCUCGACUGGGACCCGAAGGGGAAGCAGGGUCCAGUGACACCCUUGCCAGAUCUUGUCACCAUCCACCCACCAAAGGAAGAGGAGUAUUUCGCUGCUACUGCUGCCGCUGCAGCUGCUGCUCCAGCUCCCACUGAUGUAGAGGUUGCUGUUGCCUAAAAUUUUUAUCAGCUAUCGAAUAGUGAAUGUAGAUACCCGAGACGAGACGGUUCUGUAAUCUUGUUAUUAUACUGAGUCAUAUUCCAGGUAACUUGCUUUGUUUGCCUAUUCUCCUUUGUUGUAUCAUAUCGGGAACCUCCUGAGUUUGUGGCUUAUUUCAAUCCUACAGUACACUACUAUUGUGUGGAUUAUAUUUAUUUAAAGGAAACAGUUUCUUUA